AUGUUUCGAGCCGUCACAACGUUGGCGUUGCUCGGCGGCGGCGUCCUCCUGCCGACGACGAGUGCCACAGACGACGCCUCCUCCUCCUCCUCCUCUUCCUCGACGAGCGCAAAGCCGUUGACGUCCAAGCCCGGACAGACGGCGCCGAUCCCCAACUGGCACUUCCAAUCCUCGGCAAGCGUCGACAACAACCUCACCGCGCUGUCCGGGCCGGGCGUCGACACCUCGGCAUGGCACUUUGUCGACGCGCCCAGCUGCACGCUCAUGGGCUGCCUCCUCAAGUCGGGGACGUACCGUGACGACGAGCUGUGGUUCUCCGACGCGCUCAGCAGGGUCAACGCCAGCGCCUUCAACGUGCCCUGGAUCUACCGCGGCGAGUUUUCCCUCCCGAAGGCCCGUCCGGGCCAGCAGCAGCAGCAGCAGCACUUUCUCCUCGAGACGCACGGCAUCACCUCCAAGGCGGACCUGUAUCUCAACGGGCACGAGGUCGCCAACGCGAGCUUCCAGUCCGGCGCGUACGGCGGCCACUCGUACGACGUCACGCGCUUGGUCCGCGAGGCCAACGUCCUGGCCGUGAGGGCGUACAACACCAGCUACGACUACGACUUUGGCGUCAGCUUCGAGGACUGGAACCCGCCCGCGCCGGACCACGGCACGGGCAUCUGGCGGGACAUUGACGUGCGGCAGACGGGCCCCGUGGCGCUGAAGCCGCUGGCCGUCACCGUGGACAUCGGCUUGCCGGUCGAGAAGCACGAUGCCGAGGUUACGGUGCAUGCCACGGCGAGGAAUCUCGAGGACCGCCCGGUCAAGCUGUCGGCCAGGUGCACAAUCUCGGACCCGAAGGGCAAGGAGGUCGCCGACGAGGAUGAGCAACGCAUCAUCACCCUCGCACCAUUCGAGACGAGGACGGUCCAGUUCACCAAGACGGUGAAGAAGCCGCAGAUUUGGUGGCCGAAGCAAUGGGGCGCGCAGCCGCUGUACAGCGCAAACGUGGUCUUGUCCGUCGACGACGCGGCGGCCCUCUCGGACGCCGCGCAGACGUCGUUUGGCAUCCGGACCGUCACGUCCGAGGUCAACAGGCACAACGACACCGGCUUCGCCGUCAACGGGUAUCCGUUCCAGGUGCUCGGGGGCGGCUACGGGGCGGACAUGUUCCUGCGGUGGGACGCGGCGCGCUUCACGGCCAUCGCCAAGUACGUGCUCGACAUGGGGCUCAACACGAUCCGCCUCGAGGGCAAGAUGGAGCAGCCGGAGCUGUACGACAUCGCCGACCGCAUGGGCCUCUUCGUGAUGCCCGGGUGGGAGUGCUGCACCAAGUGGGAGGCGUGGAUCUACAACACCGAGGACUUCUCCGACCCCCCCCUCUGGGACGACGGCGACUACGCCACCGCGCAGGCCAACAUGGUCCACGAGGCGGCCGCGCUGCAGACGCACCCCAGCGUGCUCGCGUACCUCGUCGGCAGCGACUACUGGCCCGACGACCGCGCGACAAAGCUCUACGUGGACGCGCUGCGGGCCGCGCACUGGCAGACGCCCAUCAUCUCGUCGGCGGCGAAGCGCGGCUUCCCGCAGCUGCUCGGGCCGUCGGGCAUGAAGAUGGACGGGCCGUACGACUGGAUCCCCCCCAACUAUUGGUACGACGUCGACCCUUCGGAGGCGCGUCUCGGCGCGGCGUUUGGCUUUGGCUCCGAGCUGGGCCCCGGCGUCGGCACCCCUGAGCUGGGCAGCCUCAAGAAGUUUCUCAACGAGACGGACAUGGACGAUCUGUGGAAGAGUCCCGGGAAGGGACUCUAUCACAUGUCCACGUCGGCCUCCAAGUUUCAUACGCGAACGAUAUACAACGCCGGGCUGUUCCAUCGAUAUGGCGCGCCCACGUCGCUGGACGACUACCUCAUGAAGGCGCAGCUGACCGACUACGAGGCGACGCGGGCCCAGCACGAGGCCUACUCGGCGCACUGGACGUCGGAGCGGCCCGCAACGGGGAGCAUCUACUGGAUGCUCAACAACGGCUGGCCGAGCCUCCACUGGAACCAGUUCGACUACUACCUGCACCCGGGCGGUUCGUACUUCGGCACCAAGACGGGGUCACGCGUCGAGCACGUCGCGUACGACUAUGUCCACAAGCAAGUCUGGCUCAUCAACCACUCGCUCGGGCAAAGGGGCCGUCGCAGCGUCGAGAUUGAGCUCAUCGACCUCCAAGGGCGGGUGCUCUCCAGCAAGACGGUCAGCGCCGAGACGGCCGUCAACGGGGCCAAGACGAUUGCCGCCGUGGACAAGGUGGUCGACGGGAUCAAGGACGUCGGGUUCCUGCGGCUCAGGCUGAUGACGCACGACGGCAAGACGACGCUGAGCCGCAACGUGUACUGGCUGGGCAAGCAGGUCGACGCGCUCGACUGGGGCAACUCGACGUGGUACUCGACGCCCGUGAGCGACUACGUCGACUACACGGCGCUGAGCGGCAUGAAGAAGGCCGACGUCGCCGUCAAGGUCGGACACGAGCAGCAGCAGCAGCGGGCCGUGGUGCUGGAGAACCGGUCCGGGGUGCCGGCCUUCUUCGUGAGCCUGAACCUCGUGGACGCGCAAGGGGAGGACGUGACGCCCGUGGGGUGGUCGGACAACUACGUCACGCUGUGGCCGCACGAGACGCUGUCGCUGACGGUCGACGACUGGGAGGGCAGAGGGGCGGCGGUGCGGGUCAAGGGGGUGAACGUCGACGCGGCCGAGGUGAAGCUGCGAUGA